CGAGGUUCUUCCUUUCUCAGCCAGCACCGUUGCUGUGGGUGAGUGCGUGGCGUGGAUGGACUGGUGAAAUUUCUCAAAAUUCACCAAAGUCAGCGAAGUUUGAGUUUCACUAGAACGCCACCACCAUGCCGGCGUAUUUUCAAAGACCGGAAAACGCUCUAAAACGAGCGAACGAGUUUCUUGAGGUUGGCAAAAAGCAACCCGCCUUGGACGUUUUGUACGAUGUCAUCAAAAGCAAAAAACAUCGAACAUGGCAGAAGAUCCACGAGCCCAUCAUGCUCAAGUACCUGGAGCUCUGCGUGGAUCUCCGCAAAAGCCACUUGGCCAAGGAGGGUCUGUACCAGUACAAGAACAUCUGCCAGCAGGUGAAUAUCAAAUCGCUGGAGGAUGUGGUCAGAGCUUACCUCAAGCUGGCAGAGGAGAAAACAGAGACAGCCAAGGAGGAGUCCCAGCAGAUGGUCCUGGACAUCGAAGAUCUGGACAACAUCCAGACUCCUGAGAGCGUGCUCCUGAGUGCUGUGAGUGGGGAGGACACCCAAGAUCGUACCGACCGCCUGCUUCUCACCCCCUGGGUGAAGUUCCUGUGGGAGUCAUACCGCCAGUGCCUGGACCUACUUAGAAAUAACUCCAAGGUGGAGCGCCUGUACCAUGACAUUGCCCAGCAAGCAUUUAAGUUCUGCCUUCAGUACACCCGUAAAGCAGAGUUUCGCAAGCUGUGUGACAAUCUGCGAAUGCAUCUCGGUCAGAUCCAGCGCCACCACAACCAGAGCACUGCCAUCAACCUGAACAAUCCUGAAAGCCAGUCUAUGCACCUUGAGACACGCCUGGUGCAGCUGGACAGCGCAAUAAGCAUGGAGCUCUGGCAGGAAGCAUUCAAGGCUGUUGAAGACAUCCAUGGUCUGUUUGCCCUUUCCAAGAAGCCUCCCAAACCCCAGCUCAUGGCAAACUACUACAACAAGGUUUCUACUGUGUUCUGGAAAUCUGGAAAUGCUCUCUUUCAUGCCUGCACCCUCCACAGGCUUUAUCACCUCUCAAGGGAAAUGCGCAAGAAUCUGACCCAAGAGGAGAUGCAGAGGAUGUCCACCAGAGUCCUCUUGGCCACUCUGUCCAUUCCUAUUACUCCUGAGCGCACUGACAUUGCUCGGCUGUUGGACAUGGAUGGCAUCAUUGUUGAAAAGCAUCGCAGGCUGGCCACACUUCUUGGCCUGCAGUCUCCUCCAACUCGGCAGAGUCUCAUCAAUGACAUGGUGAGAUUUAACUUGCUGCAGUAUGUUGUACCAGAAGUGAAGGAACUCUACAACUGGCUUGAAGUAGACUUUCAUCCUCUGAAGCUGAGUGGAAGAGUAACCAAGGUGCUGAACUGGGUAAGAGAUCAGGCAGAGAAGGAGGCAGAUCUGCAGCAGUAUGUCCCUCACCUGCAGAGUAAUACGAUCCUGAGGCUUCUGCAACAAGUUGCACAGAUCUAUCAAAGCAUUGAGUUCACCCGUCUGGCCUCCCUGGUUCCAUUUGUGGAUGCCUUCCAGCUAGAGCGCUCCAUUGUGGAUGCUGCCCGCCACUGUGAUCUACAGGUCCGUAUAGACCACACCUCUCGCACUCUGAGCUUUGGCUCUGACCUGAACUACUCGACCAAAGAAGAUGCUCCUGUUGGUCCCUUCCUGCAGAACAUGCCCUCGGAGCAGAUAAGGAACCAGCUGACUGCCAUGUCUGCUUCUUUGGCAAAGGCCAUCCAGGUCAUCAAGCCUGCCUCCAUCCUGCAAGAGCGAGAGGAGCAGAACCAGCAGGCCAUUGCUGCCUAUCUUAAAAAUGCCCGAAAAGAUCACCAGCGCAUCCUGGCUCGUAGACAGACCAUUGAGGAACGCAAAGAGCGCCUGGAGAGCCUGAACAUUCAGCGUGAGAAGGAAGAGCUGGAACAGCGUGAGGCUGAGAUGCAGAAGGUGCGCAAGGCUGAGGAGGAGCGUCUACGACAGGAGGCCAAAGAGAGGGAGAAGGAGCGCAUCAUGCAGGAGCACGAGCAGAUCAAGAAGAAGACAGUACGCGAACGCCUGGAGCAGAUCAAGAAGACUGAACUUGGUGCUAAGGCCUUCAAGGACAUUGAUAUUGAGGAUCUUGAGGAGCUGGACCCAGACUUCAUUAUGGCUAAACAGGUGGAGCAGCUGGAGAAGGAGAAGAAGGAACUCCAGGAGCGUCUGAAGAACCAGGAGAAGAAGAUUGACUACUUUGAGAGGGCAAAACGUCUGGAGGAGAUUCCUCUCAUAAAGAAGGCUUACGAGGAGCAGCGCAUCAAAGACAUGGAACUAUGGGAGCUCCAAGAAGAGGAGAGGAUCAGUAACAUGAAGGUGGAGCGGGAGAAGGCUCUGGAGCACAAGAAGCGGAUGUCUAGGAUGAUGGAGGACAAAGAAAACUUUCUGUCCAAAAUAACUGCUGCACGUAGCUUCAUUUAUGAGGAAAAACUAAAAGCUUUCCAGGAGCGCUUGGUAGAGGAGAGGAAGAAGCGCUUGGAAGAAAGGAAAAAGCAGCGCAAAGAGGACAGACGUAACGCUUUCUACCGCCAAAAAGAAGAGGAGGCACAGCGUAUUCAUGAGGAACAGCUUAAGAAAGAGCGAGAGGAGCGGGAGCGCCUGGAACAAGAACAGCGAGAGGAGGAGGAAAGGGAGUACCAGGAGCGUCUGCGUAAGCUGGAGGAGCAGGAACGGAAGCAGCGUGCGCGUCAGCAGGAGAUUGAGGAGCGAGAACGCCGUCGUGAGGAGGAGAGAAGGGGAGUCUCCUCAGAAGACAAAUCCAAGGACUGGGGUGAGAAGGACAAAGAUGAGGGAGGAUGGAGAAAACGCACAGAAGGAGGUGAUUCAGACUGGCGUCGUCCUGUGGCCGAAAGGGACUGGAGGCAGGAGGGCCGUGACGACGACAAAGAGGAGAGAGAGCCGCCCUUCAGAAGAGCAGAUGGUCCUCGUAGGGAUGAUAGAGGACCCCGACGUGGCUUUGAUGACGAACGAGGCCCUCGUCGUGGCGGUGAUGACGACCGUCCUCCACGCAGAGGGAUGGAUGAUGACCGUGCUCCACGCAGAGGCUUUGAUGAUGAUCGCGGCCCGAGAAGAGGUGGGGAUGAUGACCGUGGCCCCAGACGUGGCUUUGAUGAUGACCGUGGUCCCAGGCGCGGAUUUGAUGAUGACCGUGGUCCCAGGCGAGGAUUUGAUGAUGAUAGAGGUCCUCGUAGAGGUCUAGAGGACCGUGGUCCCCGGCGUUGGGCUGAUGAUGACUGGGGUCCCAGAAGAGGUGGAGAUGAUGACAGAGGUGGCAGGAGAGGUAUGGAUGAUGGGCCACGUCGUGGUGGCGAUGACGCCAAACCCUGGAAGCCCCUGGGCAGACCCGGAGGCUGGCGUGAACGGGAGAAGGCAAGAGAGGAGAGCUGGGGCCCACCCCGUGGUGAAGCCAACGAUGACAGGGAUGAAGGAGAAGGAGAGGAGAGGUCAAGCGAGCGUUUUAGAGAGCGUCGUCCACAGAGAGAGGAGGGUAACUGGAGGAGGGGCGGUACUGAGGACAGUGCGUGGAGAGAUUCUCGCCGCGAGGAAACUGACCGCGAUGAUCGUCGUGACCGUGAAGACCGCCGUGGUGACCGUCGCGAUGGUGAACGUCGUGAUAGAGACCGCCGUGAUGACCGUGAACACAGAGCCCCACAAAGAGAUCAUCAUGAUGAUGGAGGUUCUUGGCGACGUGGAGGCGAAGAUAAGCGCGAGGAGCGGGACAGGGACCGACCAAGAGAGAGGGACAGGGAGAGAGACCGUGAUCGUGAUGCUGAUGGAGAGAAGGGAUGGCGCUCUGACAAAGAAAACCCUCGUCGCACCAAGAAUGAGACAGACGAUGAUGGUUGGACCACUGUCCGCCGUUAGUUCUGUGCAUUCAGUUUCCCGGUUAAUGAUUGAUGGUUUCAAAUAAAGAAUAGUAUCUUAUCAGCAGGUAAUCCACAGUGGUGAACUCUUAAACAAAUCCUUAUGAAUCAGAUAUUUGUAGAUUGUAGUUCCCUUGAAUUUCUUCCCUUCGUCAUUAUUUUGACCUUUCUACAGUUUCAACCUAAGGCUCCUAGCUACUAAAAACAUUGGCCAAGAACUUGCAGGUAGACCUUGUGUAAACCAUCGGCGUAAACAUGACUACGCCAGUGGUAGUGAGUGUAGGUGUUGAAGUAAAACUGAAAAGCAAUGUACCUGGUUCAACUUUCAAUGCAAACUCUGUAUAUCACCAAAUGCCUCAUUUAAAUAAUUAACCUUUGCAUAGAUCUUGUAUGGUUCAGACUCAUUGCUCUUGAAAUGACGGUGGAAUUUUUCCCAUUUUAUUGGUUCAUCUAAUGUUCAGAUGCUUCUUACAUGCUAAAGAACUAGUGAAAUCUACAUUUUGAUGUGCACGCUUAGAGUAUUCAAUUGGUCUAGCUCAAUAUCCAGUGUGUGGUUCUAUCUGCUGCAGUCAUGGUGUAAAACCAGCUGGCAUGUGUACAGAUAAAGCCUUUACUAAUAAAGAUUUCUGCUCACCA